AUGGAGACCUCGAUCGAAGCUGACAAUGACCCUCGUGGUUGGUCGAUCGAUCAAGUCAUUCAAGAACUCUGCCAUAAUUCUCCACCAAGUUGGCCACCACCCAACUGGCCUCAGCAAAUACCAGAUCGACACCUCCUAGAAGACAACUUUCGCCGAAAUCACGUCGAUGGAGACAACCUCCUCGCCUUGGAUAUGGCAACUCUCAAGGAUGAUUUGGGAAUCAUCUCAUUUGGUCAGAGAAGAGCCAUUAUGAAGACCAUUGAAUACCUUCGCCAUCAUUCAAGAAGCUAUCAGCAAAUGGCGUUUCAGGCCGAUAGCAUUGGUAGGAUGCAAUCCGCAACUUAUGCAACUCCUCGAAUCACACAUUCUCGAAUGUCGCUUGUACCACAGCCCCCGGCUGUGGCCGAGCUGGGAAUCCACCCCUCCGUUGAAUCUCGACAGCCCACUCUCUCCCCUUCCUUGAACGGUAUCGGCCGCCCGAGAUUUGCACCGACGGAUCCACAAGGCUUUGCACAACUCGACUCGGCAACCAAAUCAACAGGCAACUUUAUGGAACUGCCUCGACCAGAGACGACACAGGCAACCCCAACUCGCACCCGAGAACCCAAGUCAGCUUCCGAUGUGUCAGGCACUUCAGGGAGACCAAGUCCUGCUACGAACAAUGUUUCGUCACUCGCACCUCACGGAGAAACUCCGUCGAAACUUCCGGAGAGACGAAGAAAAGACCAGACGAUCAAGAGCGGGCAGAAAAGAAUCGCCCCAACAUUCGUUUCUCCAUUACCAGAGGCGACCCCGGCUGAAUCGUCCGGAUCUUAUCUUUCACAAUCCGCGGUACCUCUUCAAGAUAUCUUCUACUACAAAAUCUCUUCAGGCUUUGGAGACGUUUUCUAUCGCGUUCCCCUGGAGGACUCCGACGACUUCUUUAUCGAACAUCGUUACCCCACUGGCCAGAGACGAACAGUGGCCAAGCAGAUGAAGUUCUUUCUCAACCAAGGGGCUGAAACUCUCCCACAGAGCAGAUUGCCUGUUAAAUUUCCCUACGACCAGAGUCGACUCAGCAGACCUUUCUCCGAGGAGUACUUCACGUUGUUUCCACGUGGAUCUGGGCGAGCCAGAGUUGUUCGAGCCGAAGACUUUCCUGAAGUAGAAGGUAUUCGGAAGCAGAAAACCAAACGAUCCAAGACCGAUCGUUCACCAAGCCACCAAGUUCUUGAAACCAAUGGACCAACACAGCAAGAUGAGGCACAAGAUAAGUCUGAUUGGUCAGAGCUGGAUUAUCUACUCGACAAAUAUCCAGCUGCGGAGUCGGAUGAUGGGUUGCCUGUCUAUGGCGAUUCUGGUGACGAAGGGGAUUUUGAUGACAAUACCUGGAGAGAGAUUCGAGAGGAAGAGGAAGAAAGAAAUCGCGAGCCAGCUCACAUGACUCCUCCUGAAGUCGACACAACAAUUGACGCGAUCAUUGAGGAACUGAAGCAAGAAUGGAGGGGCACCAAAUUUGCAAAGGUCCAGAUGAAAGCUUAUCGUCUGUGGGUGAAGGCUGCUAAGAAGAAACGCCGACAAGAAGAACUCGAAUACUACAAGUACUGGAGCGAUCGCUGCUUGAAGAACACAAACAAAAUCAAACGUGCCCUGGCCGAUGACGUUUGGCGGAAUCCAAUGGAGUUGAGAAAACAGUGUCAAAACAUUGAACUGGCCGUUUUUCAACAUGAAGAAUUCAAAUACUAUCAUCAAGUUCUCCUUCGAGACUCGCCGCCAAAUCUUCCUCCUCCGACCGCACUGAAAGCCACGCAAGUCCAACGACAACCAGUGUUGGAAGAAGGCGAGGAACUAAUAGAAUCGGAGUCCGAAUCUCUUGGAGAUGAUGAUGAUGAUGACGACGACGACGACGAUUUUCUGGAUGAUUCGUCGAAUGCUGGGUCCAUUCAUCACGAUCCCGAUUUGGAGGAUUGGAAUCCUGUCAUUCCGGAAAAAGAUUUCCCCCCAACUAUCGCCACGGACCAGAUCCCUCCUUCAACGCAUGAGCCGAUUUCUGAACCACAAGCGUCGUCCGAAUCUAUCGAUAUGCCCGCGGAUGAUGCAGACGUUGACAGUGACGAUGAAAUCGUGACACCCACUUCCCGCCGAUGGAGACAAAUAAAAGCAGAGGUGACUCCUUCUAUGGCCAAGAAGGCCGCUCCUAAGAUCUCUCCAAAGACUCCUACUGCGAAACAUGUUCUCCAGCUUCCCCCGGCUCCCGAGCUCGCUGGAAGAGACUCUGGCUCUGACACCUCAGAUCUCGACCGGUUUCCACAUCUCCCCAAAACAAAAUAUCGCAAACAUGGGCGGACGAAGUUGGCUCCCGUAGACCUGACUCUGUCCAACUCACCAUCAUCUGUUGAACAGAGUGCCAACGAUACCAGCACAUCAUUCAAAUCUGUGCGAACGCCAGAACUGAAUCCCACUCAUCCUCAAACUCCUCCAAAACGGAAAUUUCGGAGGCGCAACCUUCUUUCACAAGAUUCACGUACGUCUUCCGACCGUCGCUUGUCACGAGAUGGCUCUAGAUUACCAGAUCUGGACGACAUCCAGGGCAUCCUGGACACAGAAUGGUCUGAAAUCGAGGAUGAUUUAGACAAGCGUCGGGCGCUAGCUAAGGCAAUCUACGGUCUUGAACAGGAUACAGUCAACAACCUGAACUUACUCCUGAGUUCCCUUCCCUCCGUCAACCAAGUGGAAGAUAUUUUGUUUAAAGGGCUCCUUGGUCUCAGUGCGGAUGAUCACAUUAUCGAAGAUGUGAAACCGAAGGACCAAGCCGUCGCCCAGCUCUUGACCUUUCUAUACAUGACCUAUAUCUGUUGCCAGAAUAUGGUCGAUUGUUCCUCACUCUCCGAAGGACAUAGAAAUACUGCAUUUGGAGAUCUUGAGCAUGUUGUGGAUUCUUUCUACGAGGAUUUACACAACCUAAUCGGGGUCUUUAUUCAAGGGCACAAGGAUUCUCGUUCCAUACAAAGCAUCAAGAAAAGAAAGAGAAACCAAGAAUCUGCCCUAGAGGGCCUGGAAGACAGCGACGCACAGAUGACUGAUUAUCCGCCAACUGAGGAGCUGGAUCCUGACAUUCCACCACCAUCUCACAAGAAACGAAAGCGAAAGGUCGAAGAAAGUCAACAGGCCAUUUCUCUCCAACAGAGCGACCAGCAACGCAUUCAGGAACAGGAGCGGCGGCGGCAAAAAAUGGCCGAGAAGUUUGCUCAAUUCAAGGCCGACGGAAAUGCCGUUGAGCCCAUCAACACGACAGAGCCUUACGUCCACCUCCAUCCGCACAUCGCGCAGCGCGUUAAACCACAUCAACUUAAUGGUAUCCAAUUCAUGUGGCGUGAAAUAAUCGAGGAUCCAAAACAUCAAGGUUGUAUAUUGGCACACACCAUGGGGCUUGGGAAGACCAUGCAGGUCAUUUCUCUUCUGGUGACCAUUUCCCUCUGCAAUCAAAGCGAUGACCCAGACAUCAGAAAGCAAAUUCCGGCUUAUUUGCGAGAGAGCAAAACACUCAUUCUAUGUCCCGCUUCCCUGGUCGAAAAUUGGUUUGAUGAGCUCCUGAUGUGGACGCCUCAUCAAGCUGUUCUGGGCCAUAUCCAUAAAUUUGACUCACCAGAUAAGAGCAUCAUUCGUGAUUGGUCCAAAAAUGGAGGUAUUUUGCUGAUCAGCUACGACAGAUUCAGACGGUCCAUCUCAGACAGCGUCAAGGCAAAAGCCAAAGGAGAUGUCUCAAUCGAUACUGAGAAGAUCCUCCUAGAUGAACCCAAUCUUGCCAUUGCUGACGAAGCUCAUAUAUUGAAGAAUCCACGCUCAAGCAUCAAUCAGUACGCCAAACGUUUGAAGACCACAAGUCGCAUCGCUUUGACGGGCUCUCCCUUAAACAACCAUCUUGAAGAGUACCAUACCAUGAUAGACUGGAUCGCUCCCGGUUAUCUCGGAGACAUUGUUCAAUUCCGUUCCAAGUAUUCGGAGCCAAUCAAUGAAGGGCUUUACUCUGAUAGCACGCCGUAUGAGAAGCGAUUGUGCCUGCGCAAAUUGCACGUCCUCAAACGAGAUCUCGAUCCAAAGAUCAACCGUGCGGAUAUCUCGGCCGUUGAAAAGGAUAUGCCGACCAAGACGGAGUACUUCAUUACAAUUCCACUCACAGAUCUACAAAAGAAAGCGUAUGAUAUCUACGUCAACUAUAUGCAUCAGUCAUAUGGAGAUACAAAGGCACGAUCUCGUAAUGCCCGAAUCUGGACCUGGAUUGCAAUGUUGUCCUGGCUAUGCCAUCAUCCUUCAUGUUUUCUGGCUAAGUUGAGAGAGCGCUCCGAGCAAAAUGGUGUAGACAACCAAUUGAUGAGCGGCGACGAGGAUGGUACCGAGGCUAAUCGGUCUAAUGACGAGGCCCCGACGCCAGACACCAUUGCGGCUGACGUCCAGAUUGAUACUAUCGGACCCAUGAGCGAAGCUAUGCGACAGGUCACAAAACUUUUCAAGAAUUGGGACACUCCCGAAUCUCUCAAUGAUCCCUCUCUUUCUUAUCGCACUCUUGCCGUCCAGUAUAUUGUGGAACAAGCAACAAGGGUUGGUGACAAGACACUCAUCUUCACUCACAGCAUUCCCACACUGGAUUAUUUGGAAGGCAUGUUGAGGAGAAUGAAGUGUGCCUUCUGUCGACUGGAUGGGAAGACCAAGGUGGCCGACCGACAAGCCUACACAAAGGAGUUCAACAAGAAACAAAACUAUCAAGUCUUCCUCAUAUCGAUGAGAGCGGGUGGGCUUGGUCUGAAUCUUCAAGGUGCCAAUCGUGUGAUCAUCUUCGAUUUCAGCUUCAAUCCUUCAUGGGAACAACAAGCGAUUGGCCGAGCAUACCGUCUCAACCAAAAGACACCAGUCUUCGUAUAUCGUUUCCAGGCCGGGGGGACUUUUGAAGAUGUCUUGUUCAAUCGAGCUGUCUUCAAAACACAUUUAUUUGGGCGGGUGGUGGACAAGAAAAGACCAGAACGACAUGCUUCCAAGAAAGUAACAGAGUACUUGUUUCCUGCCAGAGAUGUCGAGCAACAAGACUUCACGGAUUGUCUUGGAAAAGAUCCCAGAGUCCUCGAUGCCAUCAUUGGUCGUCUGAGUUGUGUCCGUAGUAUUGUGCUGACCGAGACAUUCCAAAAGGAAGAUGAUGAACAAUUGAACGACGAGGAGCAAAAGGCGGCCGAGGAAGAGUUUCGCGAUCAGCGCUUGCAACGAGAAGAUCCGGCAGCAUGGCAAGCUAAGCAAGCAGCUCGUCUUUCUGAAGCCCGCAAACAGCAACAACCCACAUUCACUCAGCAGCCCGUGUUCUCUGCUACUACGACUUCCGCUCCGAUGUCGGUGUUCUCACACACUGCGACUGGAACUUCACACUCUUUCCGCUACAGUAUUGUCCAACCUCCGUUUAGUAGAGAGAACCUGAAUCGUCCGCUAGCUCCUCGACCUCCACAGGCGCUUCAAGCUCCUCAAACUGGACUUGGUUUUCCUGUUGCAUACGACGACACGUUUCAAGGCUUUGUACCACAGCCCGCCAGUACUCGCCGUGCAACAAGCUUGGAUCCCGACCCCCAAAUGUCAUAA